AUGCCGUCUCAAACCGUCCCCGAAUGUCCUACUGGACCACUCCCGACAUCGUACUUGCAGGACAACUACAUGAUCAAGAAGCUGACCAAUGGAUGCUUCGGCGACGUGUACGCCUCCAUUCCCAAAGCUCGCGCUGACCGCAUCCUCACAGCCUACAAGCGUGCUCUCGCAACGAAACGCAAGACCCUCGUCGACCUCCGCGAAGCGCUGCAAGUCGUCAAAAUUUCCGACAUUCCCUGCGACAACGGCUAUCGCUCAGAUUCCGGCGAUGAUCUCAAUCUGGAAGUCGACAUUCUGCAGCGUUUCGCUCCCGCCUCAUCUUCUAACAUCGUGAGUGUUCUCUCCUGUGAUCCUCUGCGCGAAGGUAAGAACUGGUACACCCUCGAACUGCUGACCGCCGGCUCCCUCGAGGAUCUGCUCGAAGCAUACACCGAGCCCAGCUCUACCAUGCCUUUCUGCCCGGAAGCGUUCAUCUGGCACAUUCUACACCAACUCACCUCCGCGCUACUGCUCAUCCACUUCGGCAUCGUCGGUGAUCAACGCCUCCGCAACCUCCCAGCAAGCCGCCACGGAGACGUGCAUCUUGGCAACCUACUCAUGCGCAAGCCCGACCCGAACAGCCCCUCUUCCUUCCGCGACUACCCAGACAUCGUCCUCGCAGACUUCGGCCAAGCUCGUCCUCUCCCGACUAAUUCCGCAGCGCGCUCCCGCGCAAUGAGCUUCCAUCGACAAGUCCGCGAUGCCAAAGAUGGUAUUGCAGCGGUGGAACGCGUUGCGCGCACAGGUACGUUUUACGGAGCGAACUUGGCCACAAUUUGGGAUGACUUUUCGAGUCUACUGAGGAGCGAAAAUAAUGAGUCCGGAGAGAAUGAGGAUCUGAUGCACAAGAUGUUGGCUUUGAGACGGGCGGCGGCUCAAAGGAGGGAGUCGAGGUAUGAGCCGCUGCCGGAGAGGGUGAGUGCGUGGAUGGCACGGGAGACGGUGAGUUGGGAAGAGUUGGAGGAGGUCUUUGCGGUAUUGAAGUCUUCGUGA